AGAGUGGAGAGAGUCCAUCGAGACAGGAAUUUUGUGGUGACAGUUUGUCCGUUGGAUUUCUCCCUCUUUUUCUCUUCUUCUUCUUCUUUUUCUUCUCCAUCGCCCUCGCUACUUCAACUUCUUCUCAUUCUUCUGCCAUGUUGAAUUCUUCACUCUCUGCAACUCGCUCUCACUCUCUCCCUUCCACUCCCACUCCCACUCUCUCUCCCCUUUCUUCUACUUCUUUUCUCUCUCUUUCAUCGCCAUCUCCCUCUUCUGUCUCUUGUCUGCUCCCUUCUUCUUCUUCUUCUUCCUUUUCAAAGAAACUCACUUCUCUCAGUGUUUCCCAACUCGCUCGUCCCAACGAUCCUCGCAAACAACGGAGCUUGAAGGUAAAAUGUUCUCAAAGGGAGCCAUUGAAGGUGAUGAUAUCGGGAGCUCCGGCCUCGGGUAAAGGGACUCAGUGUGAAAUGAUUUCGCAAAAGUUUGGAUUGGUUCAUAUAUCAACUGGUGAUCUUCUUAGAGCUGAAGUGUCAGCGGGUACAGAUAUAGGAAACAAAGCCAAGGAGUACAUGAAUUCUGGUCGUCUGGUUCCAGAUGAGAUUGUGACAUCUAUGGUGACAGCAAGAUUAUCUCUGAAAGAUGCAAAAGAGAAAGGGUGGCUUCUGGAUGGGUACCCUCGAAGUUUGGAGCAGGCUAAAAGUCUGGAGAAAUUGAAAAUCAGGCCAGAUGUGUAUAUUAUGCUUGAUGUUCCUGAUGAGAUUUUAAUUGAUAGAUGCGUUGGUAGAAGGCUUGAUCCUGUAACAGGAAGGAUAUACCAUGAAAAGAAUUUCCCGCCAGAGACUGAGGAAAUUAAAGCAAGGCUUGUAACUCGUCCUGAUGACACAGAAGAAAAGGUGAAAGCACGCCUGCAAAUAUAUAAGCAAAAUUCAGAAGCCGUCUUGCCCAUAUACUCGGAUAUACUCAGGAAGGUCAAUGGCAACCGCACGAAAGAAGUAGUUUUCAAUGAAAUAGACUUACUGUUGUCACAUGUACUGAAUGAGAAAGAAAAAGCAGCGAAAUCAGAAUUAUCAACAAAAACUACUACUACCCAAGCUAAUAUGGUGUCUUCAAGCAAGGACAAUUGGAGAGGUAUACCAACCAGAUUGAACAAUAUCCCUCAUUCUCGAGAAAUUAGGGAAUAUUUCUAUGAUGAUGUGCUCCAAGCUAUCCAAAGAGCUGUAAACAAUGGGAAAACACGUUUAAAGGUAGAGAUCAAUAUUCCUGAGCUAAAUCCUGAAAUGGAUGUUUAUCGAAUAGGUACACUAAUGGAACUUGUUCGAGUCCUUGCUCUCUCAUUUGCUGAUGAUGGAAAACGUAUCAAGGUUUGUGUUCAAGGCUCAAUGGGUGAAGGAGCACUUGCAGGAAUGCCUUUGCAACUUGCAGGAAGUAGAACGAUACUUGAGUACAUGGAUUGGGGUGAUGAUGGUGCUCUGGGUACCUUUGUCAAGAUAGGUUCAAUUGGGGCCAAGGAGGUGGAGGAACAGGAUGACAUGUUCAUUUUAGUGGCUCCUCAGAAUGCAGUGGGGAAUUGCAUUAUUGGCGAUUUAAAAGCUAUGACUGAUGCAGCUGGUAGCCGCCCAGUCAUUCUUAUCAAUCCCAAACUGAAGGAUGUACCUGGCUCGAGUGGCAUUAUGCAAACAAUGGGUCGGCAAGAGAGAUUGGAAUAUGCGGCAUCAUUUGAGAUAUGCUACUUGUUUCGCCUUCUAUAUUAUGCCGGAACUCAAUACCCAAUUAUGGCUGCCCUAAGAAUGUGUUACCCAUAUCCUUAUGAAUUAUACAAGAGGGUUGAUGAAGCAGCUGGUAAGGAAAAAUAUGUUCUGUUGACAACCUUUGAGGAAAGACCUAGUGGUGAUGAAAUUAACAACGCCUUUGAAGGCAAACCGAACAGAAGCCAAGAAAAGAAGCCGUUAGGAAUUUGGGGAUUCUUGAGUGGUAUUCUUUGAGUGGAAAUAGGAACAAGAGAUCUCCAAUUUGCACUCUUAACUACGAAAAGUAUUCAUCGAAGUGGAAAAAGUGCAAGAUGUUGCAUGGGGAAAAUGCAUUUCAAGCUCCCUAUUGCAUGCAAGACCUUUUUUCUUCUAUGUUUUGUGUUUAUAAUAAUAAGGUGAAGAAACAUCAAUCUUAAAUUUCAACAUGUAUGUUAUUGGUUCGAUCUGCUCUUUAAAUUUUCUGUAGAGCUGUUAUAUAUGUAAAUAUGCGUGUUGCAAAUUGAUGGUUGUUCCCCAUAUUGGUACAUUUGAAAAUUUU